AAUCCUUGGGCCCAUUUUAUGUCCUCGAACACACUCUCAAGAACAUUUGCCUAUCAUCUGAUUUUAUUUAUUUAUUUAUUUUGAUCUCUGGUUUCUUUAUGGAUAAUUGAAUUGUAAUAAUAACGAUGGAAGAUGAUAAUGAGAAUUUAUCAACGUUUGCUUUCAUUCAAAUUUAUCAGCUCAAGAAGAAAUUUUUGCAAUGCCUUUCCUUCUCAAUCUUUCCCCAAGUUUCUCACAUGUUCAAAUUCAGUAGACUCCACUGUGUCUGCUCUAAUAAUUUCUAUAAGCUCUUGUACCUGGAUACCUCAUUGCCAAGCGCUUCAUUGCAGAGUAAUCAAAUCCUUAAGUUACAAUCACGGCUUCCUGGGUGAUCAACUGGUGUCUGCUUAUGUUCGAUUGGAGUGCAAAGAAGAUGCAAAGAAAUUGUUCGAUGAAUUGCCUGACAAGGACUUGGUCUCCUGGAAUUCUCUUAUUUCUGGGUUUUCACGUAAAGGGGAUCUGGGUAACUGUAUAAAUGCAUUUUACAGGAUCAGACUUGAAACUGAUAUGAAACUUAAUGGAGCUACACUUCUACCUGUAAUUUCAGCUUGUACUGAUACGAGAGCUCUUGAUGUGGGCAAGUUCGUUCACGGGUUUGCAUUGAAACUAGGUAUGCUUUUGGAGGUUAAAGUUGCUAAUGCUCUUAUUAACUUGUAUGGAAAGUCUAGAUAUUUGGAUGCAGCUUGUCGAUUAUUUCAGGAAAUGCCAGUGCAGAAUUCAGUGUCAUGGAAUUCAGUCAUAGCAGUUCAUGUUCAAAUGGGAUUGGCAGAGGAAGGAAUGAAAUAUUUUAUUAUGAUGAGAACGGCUAUGUUUGUCUCCGAUCAAGCCACUCUGGUAAUUUUGCUUCAGGCAUGUGAAAAUCUAGGUGUAAGGAAAACGGUAGAGGCUAUUCAUGGUUACAUCUUUAGCUGUGGUCUCAAUAUGAACUUGGCUAUAGCAACUGCAUUAUUAAAGUUGUAUGCCAACUUGGGUGUAUUGAGUACUUCUAGAAAGGUCUUUCAAGAGAUGAUUAAUCCAGAUGCAGUUGCAUGGACUGCCAUGCUUGCAGCUUAUGCAGUGCAUGGUUGUGGGAAAGAAGCAAUAGAACAUUUUGAAUUUAUGGUCAGAGGCAGUUUGGUGCCUGAUCAUGUUACAUUCACUCACUUGUUAAGUGCUUGUAGCCAUUCGGGGCUAGUGAAAGAGGGAAAACAUUAUUUCCAGGUUAUGUCUAAAGUUUACAGAGUAGAACCUAGGCUGGAUCACUAUUCAUGCAUGGUUGAUAUUUUGGGUCGCUCUGGACUUCUUGAUGAUGCUUAUGAUAUUAUCAAAAGCAUGCCAAUGGAGCCAAAUUCCGGUGUGUGGGGAGCUCUUAUGAGCGCAUGCAGGGUCUAUGGUAAUGUUGAACUUGGAAAGGAAGUUGCAGAGCAAUUGUUUGCUUUAGACCCAUCAGACUCUAGAAACUACAUCUUGUUAUCUAAUAUGUAUUCUGCAGCUGGUCAAUGGAAGGAUGCUUCAAAGGUGAGGGCAUUAAUGAAGGAAAGAAAUGUGAUCAGAAAUCCUGGAUGCAGUUAUAUUGAGUAUGGAAACAAAAUUCGUCGCUUUGUAAUGGGCGAUCAAUCUCACCCUGAGACAGAGCGAAUAUAUAACAAGUUGGAGGAAGUCAUUGGGAGGAUUAGAAAAGCUGGAUAUGCAUCAAAAACAGAACUUGUUCUACAUGAUGUCAGUGACGAUGUGAAAGAGGAUCUGAUCAAUAAGCACAGUGAGAAGUUAGCCAUUGCAUUUGGACUAUUAGUGACUGAUGCUAAUAUGCCAUUGAUUAUAACAAAGAACCUUAGAAUAUGUGGUGAUUGUCACAACGCUGCAAAAUUCAUCUCACUGAUUGAGGAGCGCACAAUAAUAAUUCGAGACACAAAGCGGUUUCACCAUUUUGCCAACGGAUUGUGUUCUUGUGGAGAUUACUGGUAAUUCUCUGCUUCAAACUAUUAUAUCCAAGAAUACAUGUACAGACAGACAGAAAACACCUGUAUGACAUUGUUGAUAUGAAUUACAUUCAACUUUUCUAUUGAAUGAAGUCUGGUUGUUCAACGUAAAGGUAGAACUAGGUUUGCAAAGCUCCUGUCUAAACCGGGAAGGGCCGAGGCCCAAUCAUAGAACUUUAUAUAGUGAUGGGUUCAAUUGAAAGUACAAACUAGAAACCCACUUUUGUAUUUUUGGGCUAAGGUAGGCGGUGCCUCCAUAUCUCAACAUUUCUACCAGUUUCACUUGCAAUAAUUGUAUUCUGUCAGCAAAAGAAACGUUUUCAUAUUUUGGACAUAAAACAAUGUGGAUGCUGCCAUCUCCUCGUGAAAAUUCCCAAUAAAAUAGUGGAACCAGUCGGUUAGUACUGUUAUUUUAAGAGGAAUGAUGUGGCAAACCGACAAAGUGAAACCGUCCUGUGAGCGUGGAGUGGAAUUAUUCAAUUGAAGCAUAGGAAGCCAGAGACCCAACGACCAAGAAAUAGCAUAGGAAGAUGAGAAUAUGAGAUGUAAAUAAUUUAAUUCUGGAAAGCACAUUUCCAAAUCCUGAAACAGCUUUAAAAGCCGAGCGGUCGGCUUGACUUUGGCCCUUU